GAGGAAGACAACAGGGGAGAGAAAAAAAAGAAAGGAAACAGAGAGGGGGAAGAGAAAAAAGGAACAGCCAGAGACGGGAUGAGUGUCACCAAGUCAGGGCUGGAUGCGGAUUGCUAUCACAGGCAGUAGGUGACUGAAAUGGGCAUUCAUCUGGGGUCUUUGAGCGACUCGCAAUGGUGGCUGAUGCUGACGCUGCUGUGCUGUGCUGUUUCUUGCUGCUCUGGCCGGCCGUUUGGGAUCCCCACACCAGCCGUGAAUGUGGCAGUGGUAUUCAGUGGCUCAUCUUACCAGACGGAGAUUAAGGGCCGGUUAAGCCGAGAAAACUUCAUGGACCUGCCUCUGGAGGUGAAUCCCAUCACUGUGCUGGUUAACAACACCAACCCGCGGGCACUGCUUACACGCAUAUGUGAUACUCUCUCUACUAACCACGUGCAUGGUGUGGUGUUCGAGGACAACAUUGGCUCAGAGGCUGUGGCACAGAUCUUGGACUUCAUUUCCACUCAGAUGGCUGUUCCAAUUGUAGGCAUCAGCGGAGGCUCUGCUGUCGUCCUGCCAUACAAGGGCGAGGGUUCCAAUUUCCUCCAGUUGGGUGCCUCCAUAGAGCAGCAGAUCAAUGGGAUGUUUAAGGUCAUGGAGGAAUACAACUGGGAUAGCUUUGUGGUCAUUACCAGCCUGUAUCCAGGGUGUGAAAACUAUGUGAACUACAUCAGGUCCUUCACAGACACCAGCUACAUUAUGUGGAAUCUGCAGGACGUGCUGACGUUUGAUAUGUCUGUUGAAGGAGUGAAUGACAUCCGAACACGAAGGCUGUUGCAGCAGAUUGAUGCCCAGGUUCUGUUGGUCUACUGUUCACAUGAAGAGGCCCAGUACCUUUUCAAUAUGGCAGCCGACUCUGGUUUGGUGGGACCAGGCUACAUAUGGAUUAUCCCAAGCCUGGCUGUGGGCAAUCCAGAAUAUCCUCCACCUGACAGUUUCCCAGUGGGGAUGGUCAGCAUCAUCCCUGACCGGUGGAGGAUGAGUCUGAGUAAAAGAGUGAGGGAUGGAGUGGCCAUUGUGGUGAAGGGUGUACAGAGCUUUAAGAAACACAGAGGAUUCAUUCCUGAGGGUCACAGCAACUGUCACAACUCCACUAAGCCUUCAGUUUCAAAUGAUGCUCUGUUCAGCCACAUGUUGAAUGUUUCCUGGGAACAGAAUGAUUUCUCCUUCAACAGCAACGGCUAUUUGGUAAAUCCAGCCAUGAUAGUUAUCAACCUGGACAGGCAGAGACAGUGGGGCAAGGUGGGGACCUAUGAGAUGGGGCUCCUGCAGAUGAGAUAUCCUGUAUGGCCACGAUACGGCUCCUACCUGGAGUCUGUGACAGAUUACAGGCAUCUGACAGUUGCUACCCUCGAAGAGCGGCCCUUUGUCAUUGUGGAAGCAGUCGAUCCCAUCACUGGUACAUGUGUCAGCAACACUGUUCCAUGCCGGAGGCAGUCCAACAAGACAGAAGCUAUUGUAGGACAAACUGAGCCGUACACCAAACUGUGCUGUAAGGGCUUUUGCAUCGACAUCCUGAAGAAAUUGUCCCGCAACAUAAAGUUCUCCUACGACCUCUACCUGGUCACCAAUGGCAAGCAUGGCAAGCUGGUCCACGGCAUAUGGAACGGGAUGAUUGGAGAAGUGUUCUACAAACGGGCAGAUAUGGCCAUUGGUUCACUUACCAUAAAUGAAGAACGCUCAGAGAUUAUUGACUUCUCAGUGCCAUUCGUGGAGACAGGGAUCAGUGUGAUGGUGGCAAGAAGUAAUGGGACUGUCUCUCCAUCUGCCUUCCUAGAACCAUACAGUCCAGCCGUCUGGGUGAUGAUGUUUGUAAUGUGUCUGACCGUGGUGGCCAUCACAGUGUUUGUCUUUGAGUACUGCAGCCCAGUUGGGUACAACCGCAGCCUGGUCAGCAGCGCCAAAGAUCCUGGAGGUCCCACCUUCACCAUCGGGAAAUCAGUUUGGCUGCUAUGGGGCAUCGUCUUCAACAACUCUGUUCCUAUUGAGAAUCCUAAGGGUACAACCAGUAAGAUCAUGGUGCUAGUGUGGGCAUUCUUCGCUGUCAUCUUCCUGGCUUCUUAUACAGCCAACCUAGCAGCCUUCAUGAUCCAGGAGCAGUACAUUGACACGGUGUCUGGACUGAGUGACCAGAAGUUUCAAAAGCCACAGGAGCAGUACCCUCCAUUCCGUUUUGGUACAGUCCCAAAUGGCAGCACAGAGCGUAACAUAAGGAGUAACUACCCUGAAAUGCACUCCCACAUGGUCAGAUACAACCAGAGGGGGGUGGAGGAUGCCAUCACCAGCCUGAAAAAAGGAAAACUGGAUGCCUUCAUCUAUGAUGCCGCUGUACUUAAUUACAUGGCUGGCAAAGAUGAGGGGUGCAAGUUGGUGACCAUUGGCAGUGGAAAAGUCUUUGCGACGACUGGCUAUGGCAUUGCCCUGCAGAAGGAUUCACGUUGGAAACGACCCAUUGACCUGGCCCUACUCCAGUUCCUUGCAGAUGGUGACACGCAGAAGCUGCAGACUGUGUGGCUGACAGGGAUCUGCCGUAAUGAGAAGAAAGAGGUGAUGAGCAGUAAACUGGACAUUGACAAUAUGGCGGGGGUCUUCUACAUGUUACUUGUGGCCAUGGGCCUGAGCCUGCUGGUGUUUGCCUGGGAACAUUUGCUCUACUGGAAACUACGACAUUCAGUCCGCAAGUCAGAUCAACUAGACUUCCUCCUGGCCAUCAGUAGAGGCAUCUAUAGCUGCUUCAAUGGAGUAGAGCAAACAGAACGCAAUGUGAGCAUGCAGAAUCCAGACGUCACUACCAACUACACACAGGCCAACGUGCUGAAGGUGUUAAGAACAGCCAAGGACAGUGUGUCUUCUGCUGGAGUGGAGAACUCCCUGGAUAAUGCCACAAAGACAUUAGAGAACUGGAGCAGGAGCGGCAGUAACAAUGUGCGGGCUGGCUUUCAACCCAGAGUUACAGCCACAGACAUGAGCCACAGCCACCUACCCUACAUCUCCAGCAUGACAGACAACCACUUACCAUAUCCUCACAGGACUGCCACACCCACUAUCUCAGUCCAUUAUGGUGUAACAAACCCCCGGCCCCGGCUGGAUAAACCCUGGGUGGCGAAUCGACCAACUCCACUCCACAACACACUGCCUGCCCAGGACAGUCGACAUAUGUUAGAGAGAAUAUUGCCAAUUUCCAGCCUCAGCAGCCCUCACAUUACCAUGAGGGACCCUCUUCCCUCUGGCUCACUUAAUCCUCAAUACAGCAGCAGGCUAUAUGCAGAACACCAGAUCCGGCAACCAACAUCCUCUUUUGUCCCUUACAGAGAGCUACAGGUGCCCAAUCUCUAUGUGGAGCACACAGGACCCCUGAGGAGGAAACUGAGCUACCCUCCUGACUGUCUGAGCCGCAAGAGGAGGUCCCACAGCUAUGUGUUUGAUGCCAAAAUCCCCAGAGUGAAAAGUGGCUUUGAUGAACCUAGAUGUCUUGUUAAACUCAGGGCUAAUAAUAUCCUGAACAACCAUGUCCACAGUGCUGCAGCUACAGCUUGCACUGCUGGUCACUAUCCAGAUGGCAUCUGCAGUAACUGUAGGAAAACCUACCUACAGCCUGAAAUGGAUGCUAUACCACUCCUGGGGAAGGACAAACUCAACCGCCCCACCACAUUCCUCAAAGCUACAUGGGGCAGUGAUAGAAUUCAUCAAUUAGAUGAAACAAAGCCUUUGAUAUCAGCAUCACGAGUGUUAGUGGCCAGACCACAGUCCCACAAGCUUUAUGGCAGUUUGGGACACAAUUUAUCCUGCUACCCACUGGUUGCUGAGCCUGGCUACUUGGAUCCAGUCCACAUGGGCUCCUACCCAUACAAGCAAAAGAUGAAGUACUCAAAGUCUACCCAGCUGCCCUCUUAUAGGGAGGCCAUGCUCCAGAACUCUUCUACCUUGCACCGCUCUUCCUCUACAGUGGUGCACAGACACUACUCUACCUACUUGAAUUCGUACACAGAUGUUCCAAUGCAUAUGGUCCAGCUUGCCCAACAACCAUCCUUAAUGUAUGAUCACUCCAAUGACAGGUGCCACGUUUUCCCCUAUACAAGCCACUGCCUAGAGAAUGCAGUGAUGUUGCCUCAUGUCAGUAAGAGACCUGUGUCCUACCAAAACAGUAUACUGGGGGCCUUUGAUAGUGUCACUAAAGGGGAAAACCCAGGAUUCCGGAGCAGAGAACAGAGGCAGGUGUUAAUGUCACGCAGAGUGAACAGCCCAUGUGUGCCAAAGCCCUGGGGCAGGAUAUUCAGUCUGGAAUCUGAGGUUUGAGCCUACACUGGUUGACUUACUGAAGAGGGACACUUCUCGGGAUUUUCCUCUCAGCCUUUGGUUAAAUCAAAAAUUAAACUCAACACCAACAGUUUACUUGAGGGUGCUGAUUUUUAUAUAUCAGUGCAAUAAUAUUCUGGGCUAUGUAUACACAGUCAAGAAACUUAUUAUAUUUACUUUGUAUGCCAAACAUAAUACACUAUUUAUACAAACGGGAAUGUUGAAAUGUAUUUAAUCUAUUAAGAUUUAACCUGUCAUUUAAAAAGCUCUUAAAUAAUAUGGUGCCAUAUUUAUGUGUUUUUUUUAAAUGCUGUGUUACCAUGUUAAAGUAAAUUCUGUAAGACAGUAUACUGUAGCCUCAAAAUGAUAAUCACAUUAGAUAGUUUAGCCACUUCAGUAUUUGACUUUUCCAUCAAU